AUGUCUUCCAUGAACGGGGGGAUAAGCCCCGCGCCACCUCCGGAUUCUUCUACCUCUACGCCAAACCCAUCUCUAUCUGCAAAACGAAAGCGUGACGAUAUGACUGAGGGUCCGAACAACACAAAUGGCACCCCUGAUUCGAAGAGCCCAGAAGUAGUAGAACAAUCCGUCGAAGUUGCGCAAGCACUCAUCCAAGAUCUUAUUGAUGUAUUAAAGGCCGACGACACAACCCCGUCUAUAUUAUCGCGCUCUCUACCAGAGCGCCCCUCCUCGUCAGGUCCACAAGCAAAGCGCCAAAAGUCCGACGACACCAGCGAAACGUCCUCCUCGAUCCUCUCACGACAAGCAGCAAAAGCCUACACUAAUGUCAAGGAGGUGCUCGAGGAUAUUGACACGGCAGUCGCUGACAUCCAGGAUAAGCUUCAGCUUCCGAAUGGCACGGCUCGGAAUCAAUUCAUACCUUUUUCUGCGAGCCAGUCGGAGUUAUCUGUCAAAGCUACUGCAUUCAAGCAGCGAGCACAUGAGCUGAUCCGGAGGGAACUGGCAGCCAUGGGAGGAAGCCAAUCGAAGACCAAUGCCUCGAGCAGCAAUUCUUCUUUUGGAGCCAACAUUAGCUUGGGAUCGACUGCUUUCACACAAAUAAAUGCCAGUCCAGGGGAUAGUAGGACGGUCCUUACAUUCUAUGGGAAUGCCCAGGGAAACAAGCAACUCUUCUCAAGUCUCCAGAUUCCAACCAAGGUGAACGGCGAGGAGAAGAAAGUCCUCCAAUCCAUUCGAGAAGCAGGGCUUCCGAACGGUAUUACAACCACCCAAAUCAUUCCCAUCCAAGCGACUGGACUUGUGGAUGACAAGAAGCGCACCCCAACCUUGGGUGAAGUCUUCCCGACUCCCUCUACUGUGCCGGCUCUACAGCCCCCAAAGCCAUCCAAGGUUGCUACCACCCGGUCGUCGACAGUAGGUUGGUACCAGCCAACAGCCAAUGAGCCAGUUUCGAGAAGUGCAAGCUACUCGAAGCAAUCCAUUUCCACCGGACAUUGGCUUGACUACAGCAACGCAUCGCCUCCACAGCAAGGCGUAAAGAGAAAGCAGCGCGAAAGGGCUUUGAGUCUAGUAGCUGCUAAGGGACCUUCUCUUGAGCCUGAGUCUGCAGAAUCCGAAGCGUCUAAACUAGAAACUUUGUUCCGUGGUGCUUAUUCUAGUUUUGCUCCAGUCAAGGAUGAUUCGGCAGCAGUUGUACCAGCGGGCGUUAUGAACCGGAUAUGGUGGCAACAAGUCGGUCAGAAGAAUUUUGAGAAGCUCGUGGAAAAUUGGAACGAUAUGGAGGAUAUCAGAUCCCCAACACCAACCCCGAAGACCGAAGAGGAUGAUGAGAUCGCCAUGUUUGAGAAGGUUAUCGCGGAGUACGAAAACGAUCCUAUCGAUCCAAGCUUGGUCAACGUCGAAGCCGCGCCGGAGAAGUCAGCUGAGGAGAAGGACGUUGAAGAGAUUCUUGAGGGGAUAUCCGACCUUCUGGAAACCCUAAAUUCGUACCAGCGUAUUCGUCACCUGUCACUGAACGCGUCAAGUCGUCCGGCUGGUCUUCUAUCUACCCCUGAUAGUACCCUUGGCACACCAUCCAAGCCAAGCGAGCAUGAGCAAGCUACUUAUGAGAUUCUCAAGUCCCAGUUAACUUUGAUGAUUUCCACUUUGCCACCCUAUGCUGUUGCGAAAUUGGACCCUGAUCGCCUUGCAGAGCUGAGCAUUAGCACCAAGAUCGAGAUCCAAACGAACAACUACAAGGGUGUCAUGGAGGAGGAUGAAGCUGCAUCAAGGGCGAAGACGACAGCCAUGAAUGCUACAUCCGCUGCACCACGACCUGCUGCCCCUGCACAACCUCAUCGGAGCAGCUCUGCUACGCUUUAUGGCAACCAAUAUGCUGCCCCUCGGCCAUCACCUGCCCCGACACAACAAUACUAUGGCGCAAGUCAGUCACCUAUCAGACCCCCUGCGACCAAUAUCAACAUGCAACGACCACCUGUGGCAUCCCCAGCGCCGUACCAGCGAGUUCAACAACCAGCCGGAAGCGCGCCCUAUCAUCCUGGUCAAGCUUAUGGAACGCCAACGUAUCCACAUCAAGCUCCAAGACCUGUAUCGCAGUCUUAUUCACAACCCAGCCAGCAGUAUCAACAGACUCCAACUACGGCGAACUAUCUGCGCGCACCGAGUCAGGGUUACUCACAUAAUUUGCCGCAACAGGGCCAACAGCCCUCCAACAUCAAUGGCCGAUACGCUGGUCAACCUCAACAACCAGGCUAUGCGCACCAAGCACAGGCCACGCCAAAUGGGAUGGGCUAUCAAUACUCCAAUGGUGCAAAUUUCAAUCGCCAGGUUUCGCCUCAAAAGAUGUACAGCCCUCAACCUCAAAACGCCCAACCUCGACCGAAUUAUGCUACACCAAAUCCAUCCAUGUCACAGGAUCGCCGGCCGUACAUACAAAAUGCUAUGAACCAGGCUCCAAUGAUAAAUGGGUCAACUCCACGCCCCCCAUCGCAACAGCAAUAUAUCCCACAAACACCAACUGGUUAUGUCUCGCAUCAUUCUAAUGCAGCGCAACUGGAAAUUAUGGCACAACAACGGGCUAAUUUGGAUGCUCAACAGGAGACUCAGCAACGGGCUCGGGCACUUGCAGCACAGUCUGCUAUGGGCUCUCCCCCUAAGAGCCAGGUCAAUGGUGGAAACCCGGUCGUCGCAGGCUCAUAA